AUUUCCGAGUCAACAUGGGAAAACACAAUACAGACCAUCAAUUCGAUUUUCGCCGAUGCCGAAAGGAUAUGCUUCGCUACAAUCCUUGAAACGGUGUUAGGCUGCGCGACGUGCUAUUGCUCUCGUUUAGUGUCAGACACCAUCUAUCAGAAGAAGAUGAAAAAACUCAGUGAAUUUUUGAAUCAGGAGAAUCAACAAACAUAUAAUCCAGCUGGAUUUCACAUUCUCAGUCCAAUGGAGAGAGGUCUUCGUACG